CAAACAACCAUUCACACUCACAUUCAUACCUAUGGACAAUUUGGAAUUAACGCCAAUUAGCCUAGCAUGUUUUUGGAAUGUGGGAGGAAACCGGAGUACCCGGAGAAAACCCACGCAUGCACAGGGAGAACAUGCAAACUCCACACGGAGAUGGUCGAAGGUGGAAUUGAACCCUGGUCUCCUAGCUGUGAGGUCUGGUUAUCGGAGCUAUUUUUAAUGUUUUUUUUCAAUUUUAUGAUAAUUUUCUGUCUGAUUAUCGUGCAUCCCUAAAAAGCAUCCACAUCAAUGUGCACAUCAUAUUCCUCCAUCUCACUUUUUGAGCCAGUGAACCAGGAAGUGAUGGUCGGCCUCAGACAGCGCCGCCAUCUGCCUCAGCAAGUGAGCGUAGAUCACGUAGGUGCUGGUGCUGGAGUAUUGAGGGUUCUGUGCACACACAUAUUGGACAGAUCAUCAUCAUCAUCAUGUCACAAACUAUGAUCCACGCACCACAUGAACAAAACAAACAUCAAAGACACAAGCCCCUCCCUCUUAGGGAACGUGUGCAGCGGUAGUGUAUGAAAAGUAUCAUCAUGAGGUUGCAAAGUCUCACCUGAACCAGGAUGAAGUAAGCACGCAGGUCGUCUUUAGUCCGAGGCCUGAAAACAAACACACGCAAGUCAAUGUGUGGCAACAUCACAUAGUAAAGACGUUGUCACGGAAACAGCUGAAGUCAAUCAGACGUGACCAGCGGAAUGAAAAAAAAGAUCACCCCUUCCACUCCCGCAGCAGACUGUUGAUGAUCCCCUUCAGCACCGACUUCUGGAUGUCCUGCGGCUGCUCACAGAUAAAAAAAAAAACACGCAACAGUGCGGUCACAUGACCUGCCAUAGGAAGCCCAAGUUCAACGCCGCUUGCUCACGGUGCUGAGAAGCGAGUCGUAGACCACGUUGACAAACUUGGCGUUGACCCCCGAGUCGUCAAUGGUGUCGAAGCAUCCGUUGGGGUCUCGCUGGGGUGGUGGUGGUGGGGAGCGUGAGAGGGUCAGGAAACAGGAAGCACUUGAGCAACCGACGAAGCAACCGUCUUACCUUGAAGGCGGCAUUGAGCUCAAUGAAGGAGUCAAAAGUGGUCAGGUAAAAACCCCGCACCUCCCGCCAGUCACCUGAUAGCAUGGCGCUCUCGACGUCCUCCCUGACAACACACACACACACACACAAGUGUGCACGGCACGUUAGCAUGUAAAAGAUGGCGAAAAAUGGAUAGGGGUCUCACAGGAAGUCUUUGGCCGUUUUGGUACGAAGUGGGAUGACGGGAUCACAUGGGAACGGAGCUUUGACCUCUGGGGGCAGCGUGUCGAUGGACGCUCGCUGCUUGUGGCGGACGUCACUGCAUAUUGGCGGGAGCUCACGCACUGUGACGCACACACACACACAUACUUGUGAAAGGACACUGGAACUGUUUGAAUGUGGUAUCACACACACACAUCUGUGUUGCGUAUAAUUAGAAUGUUGGUGUGUGUGUGUGUGUGUGUGUGUGUGUGUGUCGCUGUGGUAACGGUGCAGGUGCAAAUGUGGGUGAGGGGGAGAGAGAUAAAAGCAAGGCCGUGACAAACAUCACGCCGUGGGCGGAGCGCGGAGAACGCCCGGACCGUCAGAGACUUCACCACCUCAAUCUCCUCCUUCAGAGUGUCAGUUGACAGUGACAAGGGCUCGUCACCGUGACAACCGGCUCAUCACAAGCGCACCUGCCCCUCCCACUCCUCCCGCUAAUGAGCGUUUGCGUGCUGAUGAUAAUUGUCUUGCCUCCUAACACCCCCCUUCCCCCCACGAGCGGCCUAAACAAACACAGGAAGUGACGUGCUCCUCGUGACAACUGACCGUGCUUGAAGCCCGCCGCGCCGCUCAGCAUCGUGGCCAUCCCGCCGGCCGCCGCCCGACCCAUCAUGUCCCUCCUGUGGUUGAGCGUGGCGAUGAGAGUCCCGAGAGACGGCAAUGGCUGCUUGGCUCCGCGGGCCGGUGGUCCCUGGUGUGGAGAGGUGACAUCAUCAAGGCCAAAGACAGGCGCUUUGAGGACUCGUACAGGGAAAAACCCGAACAUCAGCAAUGGAAAACCAGGAUAACGUCUGGAAGCUUCUUCCAGACACACGACGAUGCCGGACCCCGCCUCUCGCCCGAAGACAGCUGGGAUAGGCUCCAGCAUGGGCUCCUCUACCGUCGUGAGGAUAAGCGGUAAAGAAAAUGGAUGGACGACGAUGCCCGUGACGUGUUGUUUGAGCCACGUGUCUUACCGUCUGCCUACGCAAGAUGGCGCCAUGUGGCCACUUCGCUUCAUAGCACGUCUGCCCCGGGGCCUUCUACCGGCUGGGUAUGCCAGGGUACGCCUCACCAGUGAGGUGCCCAGACUAGAUGCCCGAUCCACCUCCCAGAUGACUGAACUCUUAGGGAGGCCCCGCCCCCACCUUCACCCCCAUCAUAUGUGACAUGUAUGACGCAGACACCACACGGGCUUUCGUGGAAAAAAGCUGGCGGUAGCGCCGAGCCAGACGUGUGGCUCCACAUGGAGGCAGCUGCUCGCGGUUGACCUUGACGGGGCGGCGAGCGCGGCUUCAUCGAAGGAACCGGUUUGUUGCGUUGUCCUUGAAAGGCGACUCCUUCAAGUUAAAAGACAUCAAUAACGUGAAAGUUUCCUCGGGUUUUGGAUGAUGAACAAAAUAAAAGCAUCAACUUUUUUUCAUCAGUUGAAACCCCGCCCCCUCGCCUCUGCAGAGCUUAGGCCGCUCGUCAUCAUUCCCGCUCUUUUCUCACACGUGACCUUUGACCUGAGCGUGUGAUUGGCGGCUGAGAGAAGGUUGCCGACUAUUUUUUCCUUCAGCUUCUCUCAACCUGGCGGUGACAUCAUCACAUUGCUGAGGCCUCAUGUCCGAGGGAGGGAAGGAGGGAGGGAGGGAGCCUGCUGCCAAAGAUUGCCUAUGUUUGCCACGAUGACUCACUCUGACAAGCAAAACAGCACAGCAGAAAAGUCAGCGAGCGUUCGGGAAUGCCACAAUAGAAUCUGACCUCUGUCUCUUGAUGGCGACCAUGUGUGAGAAUAUUAUGGGCUGUCGUUUGUGCUCUGAGGACAUACGAGGCAGAGUGAGACCUCUCGUCGACUUCAGAAGGCACACACACACACACAUUGUGGGCGUGUCUGGCGUACAGGGGCUAUAAGAGCGCACAAGGGCGCCGUGCAGCAGCAGCAUCACCGCACACAAGUCACAUGAUGGGCCUGCACAGCGUGGAGGAGCUGGUGACCGGUAAGCGGCCAGAGGGCAAGGAGGCGGACGACAUCCACGGCGGCGAGUACGAGGCGGCGGUCAAUCAAGAGAAGCAGGAUGACCUCAGGUCUCACCGCCAGCUGGUGGGCGGCGGCCUGUCGGAGGAGAGUGACAGCGGCGGCGAGCUGGAGGAGGUCAGCGUGGCGGCCCUUCAUAUGGACAAAUGCGGGCGUCUGCGUCUGGAGACAGUGGACGACUUGUUCAACAUCCUGCAGCUGAGGAAGAGGAGGAGGGAGAGGAAGGCGCCCGUUCACAAGAAGAAGCAUCAGCCCGACGUGGAGGCCGUGCCCGAGACGGUGGACGCCGCGCUCUUCCUCGCCGCCGCCAUGGACAACAAGAUGGCGCUGGUGGAGAAAUACCUGAGCGAGGGAGGAAAGGCCGACACGGCCGACCACUUCCAGAGGACAGCGCUGCACAAAGCCUCCUUCAAGGGUCACGUGGAGGUCAUGACCAGGCUGCUGGAUGCCGGCGCCGCCAUGGACAGGAAGGACAAGUUGGAGGCCACGGCGGUCCACUGGGCGUGUCGAGGAGGGAACCUUCCCGCCCUUCAGCUUCUCCUGCAGCGUGGAGCAAAGAUCACCGCCAGAGACAAGCUCCACAGUAGUCCUCUUCACGUCGCGGUGAGAACGGGACACUACGAGUGCGCCGAGUACCUCAUCCACUGCGGAGCUGACGUCAACGCCAAAGACCGGGACGGAGACACGCCCAUGCACGACGCCGUGAGAAUAAACCGCUUCAAGAUGAUCAAGCUGCUGAUGCUCUACGGGGCCAGCCUGGACGUCAAGAACAGCGACGGGAAGACGCCGAUGGAGACGCUUUACUCGUGGCAGAACGGCGCCAAGAACCUCCUCUUCAACUUCAGCGAGGAGCGAGCCGAGCAGAACGUCAAGGUGCUGUGACGUCAGCAGUCUUUUGUUUUUUUUCUCUUUCCUAGUGGCUGGCCAUGUGGGCGUGGCCAUGCGUGGAGGGGCGUGGCCUAACUCAUGACAUGCCAGUUGUUCACCUGGCAGUUUUGACAUAAUAUGUGAUAAAAAAAAUGUGAAACGCCACCGUGUGGCGAGGCCGUGAAAAUGUUGCUGGACGACAUUUCGUGUUUGCGUCGACGUUGGCGAUGCUUUCUUUCUUUCUUUCAUGAUUUGAUUGAUGAUUGAUUGAUUGUUCUCCUCUACUAGUCAAGUGAAUCGUUUCACAUAGUCGUUAGCUGCUAGCUAACAAUUUCAGCAUGUUUGCAUUUUUGUUUUAAUCGAUUGCGAGAAGGAUCCGAGGAAGUUUGACGAGGGCUCGAUGGAGUGUGAGUUAUAUGAAAGACACUUGUU